AACGAAAACAAGUUGAAGUUGACAAGAUCUCAACUUGAACUCAACCCACCAGAGUUUCCUCUCAUUGCGUCCACAUAAACCAUAUAUUGUGUGUUAAUUUUGUUUAUGUUGGCAGAGCAUUUUUCAGACAAACAAGAACAGGGGGGAGUGAUAAUGGUGGUGGUUUGUUUAAAGAAUAAAGAUUAGGCAAGCAGUCUAUGGCUAAUCAUUGUUGUGCUCAUUUUGCUUUGUCUCCAUCUCCAGUUAGAGACUUCAAGCCUUCUUCUUCUUCUUCUUCAGUUCCUCCGGCUUUUAUUUUGUUUUCUGACAAAGGACCUUCUUAUAACACCCUUGUUUUUCAGGCUGUUAGACUCUUGGGUCCUCCAGCAAGAUUUGAAGAAUCAAAACUAAAAGUUGAGGUUACGGGUGAUGAGACAAAUCGAUACACCAGAAUAGCGCCAAGAACCUACACACUCUCACAUUGUGAUUUCACCGCCAACCUAACAUUAACUAUUUCAAGACUCAUCCAUCUUGAUCAGUUGAAAGGAUGGUAUAACAAGGAUGAUGUGGUGGCUCAGUGGACAGAAGUGAAGGGAGAGGUGUGUCUCGAUGUCCACUGCUAUGUGAGUGGACCAAAUUCCCUCCUAGAAUUGACUGCAGAGUUCAGAUACCACAUAUUCUCCAAGGAGCUACCUUUGGUUCUCCAGGCUAUGCUGCAUGGAGAUUCUUCUUUUUUCAGCAGGCAUCAAGAGCUAAUGAAUGCACCAGUUCGAGUUUAUUUCCACUCUAAUUCAAAAAAAUAUAAUCGUGUGGAGAGCUGGGGACCACUAAAAAAUGCUGCACAGGGAAGAAAAGACGAUCAAGCGCACAGUUUAUUGGCGGCAAAAGAAAGUCCUCAUUAUCAUAAGAACUACUGGGGAAAUCCAAAAUCUCUCUUUCAAGCUCUUGUUGCUUUCCUCCUGUAAUUCUUAUGUUCUAAAAGGCAGGAAAUUGGUAUAUAACACUGGCAAGUCUUAAGGUUAAAGUUUCAUCAGCUUUA